AUGGCUAACUUAAAGACUACUGCUGGUUUAGUCUCCAUUCGGAAAUCACUAGAGUUGGCACAGCUGACUACUUUUGUUCCCGAGAUUCCUUCACUAGAUACUAAACCAGCAGACUGCUAUUUGCUCUCAGCCCCUUUUGCAGCCCUGGGAGGACUUUCCCCAAGUGAAAAGAAAAUACCCAAGUUAUUUCUUUGUGCUAGGUGUGUGUCUAUUAUGAAGAGUGGAAUUUGCUCAGCCAAUGUCUGUAGCUAUUAUUGCGCUGCUUGCAAGUACAAACAGGAAACGCUGGUAACAGACUGCGAAAGGUGGUUAGAGGUGAACCUUGUUCCUCAGCUUAGUUCUCAGAUCCAUCUACGGAAACUGCCACAAGAACUGCUACAGAAAGUGCUCAGAUCUCCCAGGUUGUUUACAUUCAAUGAAUUCCACCUCCUGAAAACAACUCUUUGUUGGACCUACCUACAGCUAAACCCAAGGGUUCAGAUAAUACCAUCUCAUGAAACAAUCCUAAUGUACUUUAGCAGUUUACCCAAGAGAUGUUCCUUUCUGGAAAGGGAAGCAGGACAGAGAUAUAUAACUGUUUUUCAAUCCCUUCGUUUACAUGGAAUAACUUCAAGUAAGCAUCUGGAGGAUUUACGACAGAUUAACUUCCUCCCGCUGCCAUGGCUGACACAGAUUCUGUCCAACCAUUACCAUGCACUGGAGAAUGGUGGUGACAUGACAUUGCAGAAAGAUUUUUCCAUGCAAGCUGUGAGAUUUGGUCUGCUGCUUAAACAGGAGCCAAGAUAUCAUGAAGAAAUAAUUUCCAUUUAUGGAUUCUUCUUUGAGAUAAAAGCAAUCAGACACGAAGCUUCAGCAUACAGCUUUUACAUUCAAAGAGUCAAACAAACAGACCCAGCUUUAUCUUUUUUUACUGCUGAACGUAGCCCUGUCAGCCUUAGGCAGGAGCGAGAAGUUAAAUAUGAAAUAAAAGCACAGUGCCUGAUGGAUGGGAAAUGGAGGGAAUUCAGUACUGAUCAACUUACCCAAAAGUUUGGCGUUACCAAACCAUCCUGCAAAAGCCAAGUCUUGAAAGCACGAAUACCAUCAAUUCCAGUCUAUGUGACAUAUGCUCUUCUUUUUCCAUCAUCUUGAUUUGCUAAAAGAAAAUAAGCUCUAGAAUUUUCUUUCGCCUGAAGAACUGAU